AUGUACAUACGGAGUCAGUAUACACUACGUACAGUACCGAGUUUCUCAUAUUUGCUUUUGCAAUUUCCUCAUACUGGAACCAGUGGGAAUCAUAUAGUAUUGAUAGUCACAAAAGCGCCAAAAGAAGAAAAAAAAAAAAAAAAAAAACAAAGACGCUUGUCAGAUCAAAACAACGCCUUGGGAGGGGAAACAUGA